CCAUUUAGCUGGUAACAUGGCGUCUAAAAUAAAUUUACUUUCUCGUAGUUUUCGACAGUUUGGGCCUUCUACCAAAGUGAUUUCUAAUUUUUUGACGAAUGGAAAUUUUUCUAAGCGGACCUAUCACGUAGAUGAUACUUUAACUGGCAUUUCUGACGAACAGCGCCAGUUGAGAGACACUGUUGAAAACUUCUUUGCAAAGGAGCUGGCUCCAUUUGCUGAUGCCAUUGACAAAGACAAUGGAUUUCCACAAAUGCGAGAAUUUUGGAAAAAACUUGGUGAACUAGGUCUUUUGGGUAUAACCACUCCAGGAAAGUAUGGUGGGUCAGAUAUGGGAUACCUUGAUCACUGCAUUGUUCUGGAGGAGAUGAGUCGUAUUUCUGGUGCCAUUGCUUUGAGUUAUGGUGCUCAUUCAAACCUUUGUGUGAAUCAGAUCUGCCGUAAUGGCAAUGAAGAACAGAAGCAAAAAUAUCUCCCCAAGUUAUGUUCUGGAGAGCAUGUUGGAGCCUUAGCCAUGAGUGAGGCAAAUGCUGGCUCUGAUGUUGUUUCCAUGAAGUUGAAAGCCGAGAAGAAAGGUGAUCACUUUGUGUUAAAUGGAACGAAAAUGUGGAUUACAAAUGGUCCAGAUGCAGAUGUGUUAUUGGUGUAUGCAAAGACAGACAAGACUCACAAACCACAACAUGGAAUUUCAUGUUUUAUUAUUGAAAAAAACUUUCCAGGGUUUUCUACAGGAUUAAAGCUAGAUAAACUAGGAAUGCGUGGAUCAAACACAUCAGAAUUAAUAUUUGAAGAUUGCAUAGUGCCGGCUGAAAAUCUUCUUGGAGGAUUGAAUCAAGGUGUGUAUAUCUUGAUGAGUGGACUUGACCUUGAACGGAUGUUAUUAGCUGCAGGACCAGUAGGAUUGAUGCAAGCAGCUAUUGAUAUUACAUUUCCCUAUCUUCAUGCAAGAGAGGCUUUUGAAAAAAAGAUUGGAGAAUUUCAAUUGAUGCAAGCAAAGAUGGCCGAUAUGUACACAAGGCUGAUGGCCUGCAGGUCAUACCUCUACACUGUAGCAAGAGCAUGUGACAAAGGUCAUUUCAACAACAAGGAUUGUGCGGCAAUUAUUCUCUAUGCUGCAGAAAAUGCUACUCAGGUUGCCCUAGAUGCCAUUCAAUGUCUAGGAGGAAAUGGUUACAUAUCAGACUACCCAACUGGAAGAAUACUAAGAGAUGCCAAGCUGUACGAGAUUGGAGCAGGCACUAGUGAGAUACGGCGACUUGUGAUCGGUCGUAGUGUCAACGACGAAUAUUACAAUGCGUCCGUGAUGGUGCACGUGCUUCAAAUUAGAUGUCGAUAGCAGCGAAUAUUUCGAAUAUGCAGGCACGUAGCCAACGCAAUAAAUAUGGGGAUGGGGAGGGGCAAAGAUUCGUACAUUCAUUUAUAAUCCGUUAGAAACAAAGGAAUGGAAACUAAUACGGGAUAUCAUGCAUGUAUGAAUAUUGCCGCCCGCCCCCAAUUAUCGUUCUGCAACGUGCCUUGCUCCAUGAAGCGUGAAUAGACUACUAUGUGGAUUUUCACCUAACGAAUACAUUAUGAAAGAAUAGAAGAAUAAAUACAAACAUAUUUAACUACGCUGCUCAUUUAGGAGUAUACUGACUACAGAGUCAGGAAUAUUGAAACAACGUGAAGUUAUUAAUAACGUCACGUCACGUUACGAAAUCUCAUGCCUAAGUCAUUUUUGUGAGUUUUGAGAUAAAGAGAGAAAAGUUAAUAAUUUUUAAAACAGUCAUAUAAGAUCUAA